UAUUGGAUCAUUGCAUCAAGACUCCUUGUCGAAUUUGGAUACACUUUUCAAUAUUCUAUGAAUGAGACUAGAAAGGAAAAGAAGAACCAUCAACUAGAGAAAAAGACAACAGGAUAUUUCGUAAGAAGAUUCCCUUUAUGAUGAGGAGGUUAGGUUCACGCCUUCACGGGCAGGACAGUCAUUCCGCCAGUACAAGUCCUUAUUUUAGUGGGAAUUGGGAAUGCCAGGUAUUAAUGUCCAUUUGCGCCACGGAGUCUCCUCUGUAUCAUUUGAGAGCCCGCGUCCGAAAUCUCUUCAGCAACUCUCCGGAGACUCCGCAGUCGUCUUCUUCCCGCUGCUCCACCGUCAACCAAGCCGGAGAGCCCUGCUGCUGUCCUGUUCACCGUAAGGACUUUCCCCUUUUUCUCGUUUCAACCAACUGUUUUCUACUCCUUUUCUGCUUGCUUCAGUGGUUCUUUUGUGUGUAUUCUUUCACGGUGGUUGGGUUUCGUCGUCUGCGACGGCUGGUGGAUUGUGAUUGAUUGAACUCUGGUGGAGGGUUGGUGACAAUUUGCUCUGUAGCGGAUAAAGUUUAGAGCUUUACUGUCUUGUUGUUAGUGAUUGUUUGAACUGCAUUCUAUUAUAAAAUCUUUUACCGCAUGUUCCACCAAGGUUUGGCCUUUGUGCUGUGAUCUUUUCUUGUUGGACCUCAACCUGUGAUCUUUGUCAGUAGAUAUAAGUAGCGAGGAGAAAUUAAAACGUGGUUUGUGUUUGUUCUUUUAUGCUGAAUGUGGGUUUGGGAUGCUUCCAUAACCCGUACAGUCACUCUUGACUAGUUUCUGUGUAUUCUUUUGAAGAGACCAAUGAAGUUACAUGGUUAUGAUGAUGUAGAGUUCUUGUAGUACUGAUGUUCCUGCUGCUGUGAAUUUCUCAGAUGGAAGACCAGAGUCCAAGACGGAGACAGAUCAUCGAAACAGAUGCUCAUCUUCCUCCAGAUGGCAAUAGUAAUGUUGGGGGAAACAAGAUUUGUGCAGAGGCACCUUGUGGCUUCUCUGAUGCACUGAGCAGCAAUUCGGAAGAGGCCAGAGAACGAGCAGCUUCGAUGCGGAAGCUGCUGAUGGCAGUCGGGUUCUGUGUGGUUUUCAUGGCUGUUGAAGUCGCCGGAGGGAUCAAGGCGAACAGUUUAGCUAUACUGACCGAUGCUGCGCAUUUGCUUACAGAUGUUGCAGCGUUUGCCAUCUCGUUGUUCUCUCUGUGGGCUGCUAGUUGGGAGGCCACUCCGCGCCAGUCGUAUGGGUUUUUCAGGAUCGAGAUUCUUGGCGCGCUGGUGUCGAUGCAGAUCAUUUGGCUGCUCACUGGGAUUAUCGUGUAUGAAGCCAUUGUUAGGCUCGUUUAUAACACAGGUGAAGUGGAUGGCUUUCUGAUGUUUUUGGUUGCAGCAUUUGGUCUGGUGGUGAAUAUUAUCAUGGCGUUUUUGCUGGGCCAUGAUCACGGUCACGAUCAUGGCCAUAAUCACGGCCAUGGUCAUCAUGAUCAUGGUCACAAACACGAUCACGGACAUGGUCACGAACACGAUCACCAUCACGAACAUGAGCACAGUCAUGAGGAUUAUCAUGAUCAUUUGGAAGAAGGGCACCAACAUGUUGAUGAAGAGAGUGCAAAGCCACUGCUAGAUAAUAAGGAAAAGGGAGAGAAGAAGAAGAAAAAGAACAUAAAUGUUGAGGGAGCUUAUCUUCACGUUCUUGGUGAUUCUGUCCAGAGCAUAGGAGUAAUGAUUGGAGGAGCAGUCAUUUGGUACAAGCCUGAAUGGAAGAUAGUCGAUCUAAUAUGCACCCUAGCCUUCUCAGUUAUAGUUAUGGGCACGACGAUCAAGAUGUUGAGAAACGUUCUGGAAGUCUUGAUGGAGAGCACGCCCAGAGAGGUUGAUGCAACAAAGGUUGAGAAAGGGAUUCUGGAGAUGGAAGAAGUGGUAGCCAUCCAUGAGCUGCAUAUAUGGGCCAUCACGGUUGGCAAGAUCCUCUUGGCUUGUCAUGUUAAAAUCAGGCCAGAAGCAAACGCCGACGUUGUGCUGGACAAUGUCAUAAACUACCUCAAGAGGGAAUACAACAUCAGCCAUGUCACAGUCCAAAUAGAGCGUUAAUGGUGGAGGGGAGUCAAUUCAGCUCACCUGACCUGUUGUCUUGAUUGAAAGAUUUGAGCUUUGAGAAAACCCAUGUUUUGAGUAAAACUUGGAUCUUGAAAUGCUUCAGAAAUGAAGGAAAGCUCGAUGGGUUCUCGAGUUUGUAGCCAGAAGGUGCAAUCUUUACCGUUUACAAACACAGGGCUUUGAGGCGAAAGGGGAAGAUGUAAUCAAAACUAAAACUUAAG